CGUGCAGCGUGGAGCUCGCGCUAGUCUAGUACACUUUCAAACACUUCCGCAGCGCGAGCGCUACAAUGAGGAAGUGACGAUCGUUCGGCCAACGCGACACUGAUGAACCUGCGAGGGAUUUUGUAGUCAUACGUUUAAUAGAAACAAAAAUAUUUAGAUCGAAACGUGCAUGUCUACGCACAUGUUUAUGCAAAUUGAUAUGGGUCUGACUUAAGUUAUACAGCAUGUAUUAUUUUGGAUAUUUGCCUUUUUGUUGUAUCGUUGCGAAUUUGGAAUGCGAUAAAAAGUAAGCAGUGCAAAAAUACACGUUCGAUUUGCCACAAAUGGGCGCAUAAAUUGGAACGAUAUAAAUGUAGCAUUAACAAAGGCAAGAAAUAAUAUCAACAUGGCGGCGCCCGGAGGCUAAUAUCUCGCAUGCGUUGUUAAAAGCUAGUCUGGAAGUUUUGUGAGUGCGCAACUGCGCAUGCGUCGUUUCCUCCCCCGCUUUGAAAAAGAGCGAUUUAUUGUGUUGACAGUAAUUAAUCUUACACUCUUUCUUUCUCCAGAACGGGCUUUUUCCCUUUUACUCUUGGUUUACCAAUUCUAGUUAUUGUAUUGAUCAUUGCAGCUUGGUAAACCUGUGUUUAAUGCAAGAAUAGCCAAACUAACAAACCUUUAAAUGGCCAGGAUCUGCUGUGGGCCCCUGCACACAUUUGCACUACUGACUUCUGUACUUAUUCUGGCGCACAAGGACAAGAACGUUUCAUUUGCCUUUUCUCCAUCAGCAGAAUGGCAGCAUAGUUCAAACAUCUCAUACAGGAGCAUUCAGUUCCGAAAGAACUUAAGCAUAAAUGUAUCUGCUGAUCCCAGGACUCACACUAGUUUAGUCAGCGAUCAGUGUGGUAUAGCUGUGGAGAGCCGCAUCGACUGUGGCCGUGAUAGAUCUUUGAGCCGGGCUGAUUGUGAGGGCAGAGGAUGCUGCUAUGUGCCCCUGCCUCAGUCUGGAUUAGGAGGACCACCGUGGUGUUUCUACCCAGUCCGUUACCCAGGCUACAAAAUGGGGCCCCUGUUGCCCACAGAGAAGGGCAAAAGAGCCACCCUGGCCCGUUCUGAACCCUCAUACCUGCCCCGGGACAUCCCCACACUGCAGCUAGAUGUGAUGCCUGAGACUUUGGGUCGUCUUCACCUCUCUCUGAAAGAUCCAGCAUCUCCACGAUAUGAGGUUCCCUUUGUGACGUCCCAAUUAAGGGGCCACAAGGACAUUCAAAACCCCCUCUAUGAUGUUGACUUCCAACCGGAUCCAUUUGGAUUCAUCGUACGGCGAAAAUCCAAUGGCCGGGUUCUUCUGAAUACUACAAUAGGCCCACUCCUGUUUGCAGAUCAGUAUCUACAGCUCUCCACCAGCAUGGCUUCCUCUGUGAUAUCUGGCCUGGGUGAACAUUACACCCCCAUCACGCUGGACCUCAACUGGAGCUCUGUUUCAUUAUGGAACAGAGACAUGGCGCCACAUAGAAGUGCCAACCUGUACGGCUCCCACCCUUUCUUUUUGGUCCAAGAAGGUGAUGGACAGGCACAUGGAGUCUUUCUUCUCAACAGCAAUGCGAUGGAAGUGUUUCUGCAGCCCGCUCCAGCAUUAACUUGGGUGACUGUCGGAGGAAUACUGGACUUCUACAUCUUCUUAGGCCCAAGUCCUCAGAGUGUGGUUCAGCAGUACCAUGAGGUUAUAGGUUAUCCCAUGAUGCCAUCCUACUGGUCACUGGGCUUCCACCUCUGUCGCUGGGGUUAUACGUCCACCAACAUAACAAGAACAGUGGUACAGCUCAUGCGCCAGGCCAAGAUCCCUCUAGACGUACAGUGGAAUGACCUUGAUUAUGCAGACCAAAGAAGAGUCUUUACGUUUGAUCCUCAAAGAUUUGGAGAUUUGCCCCAAAUGGUUGAAGAGUUCCAUCAGCUGGGCAUGAAGUAUGUGCUCAUUCUGGAUCCAGGCAUCAGCAGUGCGAGUCCUCCUGGUUCAUACAAACCCUUUGAUGACGGGCUGAAGAGGGGAGUGUUCAUCAAAAACUCCACUGGACAGAUCCUUAUUGGGAAGGUAUGGCCGGGUCCAACUGCAUUCCCAGAUUUCACCAAUCCCACAACACAGGACUGGUGGAUGGACUGCAUCAGAGUCUUUCACAGCAAGGUACCUGUGGAUGGACUCUGGAUAGACAUGAAUGAGCCGUCAAAUUUUGUGCAGGGCUCUGUGGAUGGGUGUCCUGACUCUGACUUGGAGAAACCACCUUAUACACCAGGUGUGAUCGGAGGUCAGUUAAACUCAGGAACUCUGUGUGUGUCCGCACAGCAGUAUCUGUCCAAUCAUUACAAUCUACACAAUCUGUAUGGGCUGACCGAGGCCAUCGCCACCCACAGGGCACUGUUGAAAGUGAAGAGUACUCGGCCGUUUGUCCUGUCCCGGUCAUCUUUUCCAGGACUGGGCCGUUUCUCUGCACACUGGACUGGAGAUGUGCGGAGUGACUGGGAGCAACUGCGCUUUUCAAUACCUGGUGUGCUCCUGUUUGGACUCUAUGGCAUCCCGUUAGUGGGAGCUGAUGUCUGUGGGUUUGGUGGAGACACUACUGAAGAGCUGUGUGUGCGCUGGACACAACUUGGAGCCUUUUACCCCUUUAUGAGAAACCAUAAUGACAGACCCAAUGCGAGCCCUCCCCCAAGGAGCAGCUUCCAGAUGCUCCCAACACAAAACCAUCCAGGAGGGUGGUGGAGCAGAGGCGGAACAGGGGGAGGGACAGUGGGCCAGCUCCAUGUGGAAAUGGAGAGACUGGGAACUGAGGUAAAGCCGGCAGAGCAGGACACCAAGGUGGAGCAGACGGAACCGGAGCCCACUAGGGCAGAGCAGACGGAGCAGAAGACCUCCAUGGCGGAUCAGACAGAACAAGAGCCCAUCUUGAGCCUAACUCAGGGACAUGAACCCCUCCUGGGCGGAACUGAGGAUCUGGAGCCCUUCCAGGGCGGUACUGGGGAUCAGGAUAGCGCUUUUCGAGAAGCUGGCACGGGAGGGGAAGCAUAUUGCAGUAAAGGGCAAUACAUUCUGUUCCCUGCUCCUUUAGACACCAUUAACAUUCAUGUGAGAGAAGGGAGCAUCAUCCCGCAGCAGCUUCCUGCAUUGACGACUACAGCAUCUCGCAGGAAUCCUUUCACCCUAAUCGUGGCACUGUCUGUGGGAAAUUGGGCUAAAGGGGAGCUCUUCUGGGAUGAUGGGGAAAGUCUGGACACUUUUGAGCAUGGACAUUAUUCAUAUGUUCUGUUCUUUGCUCAAGAGUCUUAUGUGGUCAGUAAGCCAGUCAAAUUAAAUGGAUCUCUCGAUGGUUUGGUCCUCGGGGAAGUACGUGUUUUUGGGGUUCAGGCUUCACCUACAGCCGUGUGGGCCAAUGGCCAAAAGGUUCAUGACUUCUCUUACAGCCCAGACACCAAGGUUCUGACAGUGUCCGGUCUGGACUCACCCAUGACAGCCAUGAUCACAGUACAGUGGAGCUGAUGAGAAAACUCUGCUGUGAUACUGCUGUGUAUAUGUUCCUUGCUAAUGCAAUUGCACAUAUAAAGUUUUAGUUAUGAUUAACAGUAUGUUUCUACUGU